CUGAGAUGGGCGCCAACACGCCCGCGACCCUCCAUGAGGACGAGCACGACGGAAAAUGGCUGCCAUGCUAGUUUAUCUUAGCUUAGCUUAGUUUAGCUAGCCGCCAGGAAAGAGACGCCCACGUCGAAGUUCGCAUCAUCGUGGGAAAAUGUGUGCGAAAAUUGUGACGGAAGAGUACGGGGAGGAACUUCGUCGAACAAAAGAGGACAACGAGGGGCAACGUCAACUGCUGCUGGACGCCGUUUUCAAGCUGCCUCAACAUGUGCCACACACACCAGAUGUCAGUCAAGAAGAUCUUCAUCCCAAGCAGCGAAAGCCAGAGUCCCCACACAUUAAAGAAAAAGAACAGGAGGCUGACAUCAACUUUCCAUUGACCGUCGUUUUGAGGAGUGAACCUGAUGACGAAGAAGAAGGUGAUGGAGACCACUGUGGAGGGUCCCAAACAGGCUGUUUCUUACCUCCACUAUCACGUAGUGAUGACAUAACGUCACACUCUCUUGACUCUGGUGAUGAUGAUGAUGAACACUCUAAAGGUGAUAAGACAUGUCACACUAACAACAAAUGUGUCAAAUGUCCUCAGUGUGACAAAACCUUGGUCAACAAGUCAUCGUUAAAAAGACACACAAGAACACACACCGGAGAAAAACCCUUUGCUUGCUCAAUUUGUGAUAAAAGCUUCUCGAUAAAGGGACAUUUAAUAAUACACACGAGAACACACACUGGGGAGAAACCUUUUGCCUGUUCAGUUUGUGAUAAACGAUUCUCAACUAAGGGGCAUUUAACUACACACACAAGAACACACACUGGCGAGAAGAAAUUUGCUUGCUCAGUGUGUGAGCUCAGAGUAAAUCAAAAGAUUCAUUUAAUAACUCACAUGAGAACACACACAGGUGAGAAACCUUUCGCCUGUUCACUUUGUGACAAAAGAUUCUCUGUAAAGGGAAGUUUAAUUAGGCACACAAGAACGCACACUGGUGAGAAACCUUUUGCCUGCUCAGCCUGCGCCGCACGUUUCGGUGAUCGUACGGGAUUGGUUCAACACAUGGUAACACACACCAGGGAGAAGAAACGUUUAGCAUGCUCAGUAUGUGGUCUGAGAUUCACUCAAAAGAUGAGUUUAACAAAUCACAUGAGUAUGCACAAUGGACACAAACCUUUUGGCUGUACAGUUUGUGAUAAAAGAUUCUCUAGAAAGGGGGAUUUAAGAACACACACAAAAAUACACACGGGCGAGAAAUCUUUUGUUUGCGCAGAAUGUGGUCUUGGAUUCACUCAAAAGAUUAGUUUAACAAACCACAAGAGAACACACACUGGAGAAAAACCUUUUGCUUGCAAAUUUUGUGGGAAAGCAUUCUCUGCAAAGGAUCAUUUGAAAAUACACACAAGAAACCACACUGGAGAAAAGCCUUUUGCUUGUUCGGUUUGUGGUAAGAGAUUCUCUAGUAAUGGACAUUUAAGAGCACACACCAGAAUGCACACUGGUGAGAAGCCUUUUGCCUGCGCGUUCUGUACCUUAGCGUUCAGUGAUCGUUCACGAUUGAACCAACACGUGAGAAUACACACUGGAGAGAGAGAGUUUUCAUGCUCUGUUUGUGGCAAAAGGUUCACGGGAAGAGCUACUUUGAUAGCGCACACAAGAACACACACUGGUGAGAAACCAUUCAGUUGCGCUGUGUGCGAUAAACAAUUCCCUCAUAAGUAUCAGGUUAAGAAACACAAGUGUGCUGGUGAGAAGAUCAGCGGUCAAUGAAGAUAUCAUUGAAUGUUAUUGAAAUUAUGUUUGUAUUGAAGGACGAAAUUUACCGCUGCAGUUUUUACUUUUACUUUAAUAUCCUGUCCUGUGUUUAAUUGUUGUUCAAUAA